AGACUCACAAAACUCAGCUGAUGUCAAACAUUAAAUGAUGUGAUCGCUCCAAGGACUACACUUUUAUAAACUUGUGCGUACUGUACCAUAUCAUCAUUGAUUUUUUUAAACUGGCAUUUUUCAAUCAAGUUUUCACCAGCAUAUAAACUGAAUUUUUUUUAAAAUGUGUAUAGCGAUGAAUAUACCUCAUGCAAUAAAGAUAUAACCUUAUUAUAAUUUUAUUUGCUACAUUUCCUAAUGAGACAAAAUUACACAAUCAUAGUGACUAGGAGUGUUGUUGUGAUAUAAUAAUUAUAACCAUGUUAAUUCGGACUGUUGGAUGGUUUUUAAUAAUAAAAUAAAUGACACGGCGCACCGAUAUAACAUAAACCAGAGUUGUGUAUCACUGUGUUUUCAUUGUUCUUGACUCUUGGAUACUUGGCCCACAUCGGUAAAUUUCUUGCUAUGUUCGUUUGUUGUUUUGGACUACGACCUAACUGUUACUUUCCGUAACGUUCAAACAGAAACUAGACAGGUAAGUGUUUUUCAUUGUUAGGUGAUGGGUAAACAACUUGGCCUGAGCGCGACUUUUGGUCUAUUUCUUUGCUUGUUAUAAAAUUCGACAGUUGAUUUUACAUGAGAAUAUUAACAGGGAGGGACGGGUUGGACUCAGUUUCAAAAAAAAAAAAUAAAUCUUUCAACAUAUUCAUCUGAAUUGUUUAAUGCUGGAGAUUAUAGUAGUCUAUCUCUUUCUUCUCUCUCUAUUGCUCUCUCUCUCCUUGUGUGGAUGGCGGGGAAGCCGAAAUGAUGGAUUAGUGUAAAAGCGUAAUUGAUUUACUAUUCAUCAUCAUUUUACUCCGAAAUGGGUUACCAAAUCAGAUGUGUAGCUAAGUGGGUUGGGGGGGGGGGGUUGGCGGCACCGGAAUAUUCAGAGGGGCCAAAAUGGGCUUUGAUGGAAUUAAGUUGGUAAAUAAAAUGGGUUUCAGGGAUGAAUUUUUUUUAAUUUUUUUUUUUUUGGGUGGGGGGGUGGGGGAUAAAAUUUAAUUUUGUUCCCGUGCGUUAAACACUCUAGUUACGCCUAUGUAUCCUAUUGGCAAUAUUUAAAAGCUAUUUGAAGCUUUGCAUACUGGAUGUUCUUAAGGAUGCGUACUUUAUCCCAGAGCAGUAGAGCUUCACCGCCAUUUUUUUUUCUGUAGUUAUAUAAAUCAGUAGUUCUCAAUCUUUACCUUAGGCAAGGGGGCAGAUUUAUUCAUUUAAAAUUUAAACAACUUCUACUCCGUUAAGACUCAGAUAAUAUAGUGUUGUUUUUAUUUUAAAAAAUAAAAUAUUUUUUUUUUAAAUUGUUUGUAAAAAAAAAACAACAUGUGAUGAGUUAUUAGUGUUAAAAUACAUGAUUAAUAUAGGCUACGAUUGUUAAUGAGCAGCAGAAAUUGAUGUUGUAGUGGGGUGGGGAGGGGGAUAUUGGCCCGAGUGUCGAUAAAAACUAAAUAAGAUUAACUUUGUAUAUAUAACUUGCCCAUAGGUAAAGGCCCGCUUUGCAUUUCUUUCAUUGCAGCCGUCUGCAAUGAUGCCUUAUCUGAGUGAGGAGCCGUCUGGACACAAGGGCAAAUUUCUGGCCACGGUUGUUGCCAGGAGUCUUCCAACGCUCGCGGCUGCCAACUUUCACAACUGAACGGACACCAGGAAAACUUUCAUUUUACUGACCUAGUGACCUACAUAAAAAAAAAGUUGAAAUACCCUUUUGCUGUUUAAAAAAAAUAUAUAAGUAUAUUGAAUUUGGUCCUGGCGUUAAAUGUCAGCAAUGAAUAACGGUCACGACCCCAUGUUGUCCAGCUUCAACAACGACGAGUGGAUCAAGUUUCUGAGCAGGGCCACGGAUUCCCCGAGCCCUUUGCCGUCUCCCGUCAUGUUGCCGUGCUCGUCGAAUCCCUUCACCUUGUCGGUGGAGGGCCUUCUCAGCCCCGAGCAGAACACUUCCUUCAACGACUUCUGGCCGAACGACCGAAAGAGGGCGGCCUCCAUCAAAGAGGAGGAGGACAGUUUCUCGUCGCCGUGCCCGGUGUCGGGCGACGGGGAUAGCGAGGACAUCGAAAUGGAGGACAUUGACAUAGGUGGCGGCGCCACCGUCGAUAUCAAAGAGGAG